AUUAAUUGUUUUACAAAAACUUAAAACCAAUCCAACUAACCUAACGAACCCCGAGCUCCUCGCUCAUGCUUUUCUCGAAGAACGAGAACCAGGCGAAGGACAUCUAGAUAUAUCACAAUGGCUACCGCAGGCAGCAGAAGCAGUAGCGAGGUCUUAUACAGAGAUCCGAAACAGCCAGUUGAGAUCAGGGUUCAAGACCUUCUCUCCCGCAUGACGCUUCCGGAAAAGGUAGCUCAGAUGGCGCAGAUCGAGCGGGCCGUUGUCUCCCCAGCAGCCCUCGCUGAACUAUCCAUCGGAAGCGUGCUCAGCUCCGGCGGCGCUCCGCACACUCUCGCAUCGGCCCUCAACUGGGCCGACAUGGUUGAUGCCAUGCAGCGCUGCGCUCUCGCCUCUCGCCUCGGAAUCCCCAUCAUCUACUGCACUGACGCCGUCCACGGUCACAAUAACCUCCUCAACGCCACCAUCUUUCCUCACAACGUUAGUCUCGGUGCUACCAGAGAUGGAGAGCUGGCGCGUCGUAUCGGGGUCGCCACCGCUCUCGAGGUUCGGGCCACAGGCAUUCACUGCACCUUCGCCCCAUGUGUUGCUGUCUGUCGAGACCCAAGAUGGGGUAGAUGCUAUGAAAGCUACAGUGAGGACACCAACGUUGUACGGACCAUGACUACCAUUGUUUCAGGGUUGCAGGGUUCGCCGCCUAACGACCACCCUGGAGGCUAUCCCUUUCUUGCAGGAACCAAGGGUGUGAUUGCUUGUGCAAAACAUUUUGUUGGUGAUGGAGGCACGCACCGAGGGAUAAAUGAAGGCAAUACCAACUGUUCAUUUGAGCAACUAGAAAAGGUUCAUAUGAAGCCGUAUCUUGAUUGUCUUGAUCAGGGGGUUUGCACCAUUAUGGCAUCUUAUUCAAGCUGGAAUGAGAGGGCACUACACUCUGAUCGAUACCUCCUAACAGAUAUACUGAAGGGAAAACUUGGAUUUAAGGGUUUUCUGAUAUCGGAUUGGGAGGGCAUAGACAGGCUUACAUGGCCACAUGGGUCAAAUUACCGUUACUGCAUUUCAGCUUCAGUCAAUGCUGGCAUUGACAUGAUUAUGGUGCCUCACAGAUAUGAAAAGUUUAUCGAAGAUUUAAUUUAUUUGGUUGAGUCCGGGGAGAUACCCAUGUCUAGGAUUGAAGAUGCAGUGGAGAGGAUUCUGAGGGUGAAAUUUGUCGCUGGGCUGUUUGAACAGCCUUUCUCAGACCGCUCAUUGAUGGGUGUAGUUCGUUGCAAGGAACAUCUUGAACUGGCACGUGAGGCUGUACGUAAAUCUUUAGUUCUGCUAAAAAAUGGGAAGGAUACAAACAAGCCAUUUCUUCCUCUAGACAAAAAUGCUGGAAGAAUUCUUGUUUCUGGACAGCAUGCUGAUGAUAUUGGUUUUCAAUGUGGUGGAUGGACUAUAACAUGGUAUGGAGGUAGUGGCAGAACGACAGCAGGUACAAGCAUUUUGGAUGCAAUCAAAGAAGCAGUUGGAGAAAAAACUGAAGUUACCUAUGAGCAGCACCCAUCAGAAGAAACUUUUGCAAACGAAGAGUUCUCAUUUGCAAUUGUAGUGGUGGGAGAAGUAGCAUAUGCUGAGACACUCGGUGAUAGGAUGGAGCUCAACAUUCCAUUCGGUGGUGCUGAGGUUGCAAGUUAUGUAGCUAGCAAAGUUCCCACAUUGGUGAUUGUGAUAUCUGGAAGGCCUUUGAUUUUUAAGCCAGAUUUGUUGGAUAAGAUUGAUGCUCUGGUUGCAGCUUGGCUACCAGGGACUGAAGGGGGAGGUGUUGCUGAUGUUAUAUUUGGAGAUUAUGACUUUCAAGGUUUGCUUCCAGUAACUUGGUUCAAAUCAGUAGACCAGCUACCGAUGAAUUCUGAUCAUCCAUCUUAUGACCCACUUUUUCCUCUUGGGUUUGGAUUGAAAAUGGGCCUGAAUUGCAAAUAAGCAAUUGUGGUUUGUGUGUCAUUUAUAUGAUAGGAAUAAGAUGAAUUCAUCUAGGCUGAUGAUCCAACAUUGCCUUAGCAAAUAUGAGAGUUGGGGAUUCUGAACCUACUUCUGACACAAGUUGUGUUUUAAUUUAAACUUCUGUAAUAGAUGUUCAAAAUAGAUAUAUAUAUGAUAUGCAUGGCUUUCAUUUUCUCCGUUUAGGCAUCUAGAUUUCUGCUAAUAGACCGUCAGUUUCAAGGACCUAAAAUGGUUCCAUUUCCCCAAUACUUGUAAGGUUUUAUAGAGCAACUCAUUUCUUCACAUUGUGGCAUCUUGCUCUUCUUCACACGACA